AUGCCGGACACACAAAUUUACGUACAGGACUACGUUAGGACCGAAAAACCUAGACAUCAAUCUUCUGCCGUAAGGAGACAUGCCCCGAAACUUGGAAAUCCCACUCCUCUCGGUCUUUCGGCUUUCGCCUUGUCCACCAUGGUUGUAUCAUUCUACAACUUUAAUGCAUUCAGUAUUACAGCACCAAACAUGGUGGUCGGUGUAUCUUUAUUCACAGGAGGUGUCGUUCAAUUUGCAGCUGGUAUGUGGGAAUUCAAAGUUGGAAACACAUUUGGAGGAACUGGGUUCUCUGCAUUCGGUGGAUUCUGGGCUUCCUUUGGAGUAAUUUACAUUCCAGCUUUUGGUAUCUUGGAUGCUUAUAAAGAUAACGACAGAGAAUUGAACAAUGCUCUUGCAGUUUAUUGUUUAGCAUGGUUGAUAUUUACUUUCAUCUUUACAUUGGCUUGUAUACGAACAAACUUGGGUGUAUUGUCAGCUUUCAUAUGCUUGACGAUGACCUUCGGUGCUUUGACGUUGUACCAUUUUACCAUAACGUCUUUCUUUGUAAAGCUUGCUGGUGUCCUUGGUAUAAUGACCUCAUCGAUUGUUUGGUAUUGUAUGGCCGCUACUCUCUUAACGCCCGACUUGUCACCAAUCAGUUUACCACUUGGAGAUUUAUCUCGUAAAGACAACUAA